UCCCCGCCAUGCCCUCGCCGCCGCCCGCCCUGCCCUGGCUCCUGGCCGCCUGCUGCCUCUGCGCCCUCCCGCGGGGCUCAGGGUUCCCGCAGCCCUUCUCUCGCCACCGGGACGGCGUGGAGCUGCCCCCAAACCAGCAACUGGCUCUGUGUUUCAGUCAGUGGAUGGAAAUGUCCGAUCAACCCCAGAUCUCCAGCACUGUUUUGGAUCUCUGUUAUUCCAUAUUCAACAGCAUGCAUAAAAAUGAGGAAUCGCAGACUGCUUCUGCAAAGUUUACAAAGAAGGACAGUCAUGGAACUCUGGGGCGGCCUUUCUUCCUUUUCAGGCCUCGAAAUGGAAGAACUAUUGAAGGCAGUGAAUACCGUGGAAUGUGA